CAUAAGCAUUUCCGCACUGUGAAGGUUCCGGGCGGCGCUUUCAUAUAUAAACUAUGACUGUGUUCAUUUACUACUAUCGUACCUUAUGUGUUUCGGUCUGAGGCAGCUGAACACUUGAUUUUACACCGCUUUGCAGGUCAGGGAUAGGUUUUGCAGGAUUUUACUCUUCUGCCCGGAUUCCUACUGAUAUGAAUUUUGGUUCUAUUACAGUAUGACUGCCUAUAGUAAAAUGUUAUAACUGUGAAUAUAAGUGCCCAGAAGUGGAUGUUGCGGUUUCGGUUCCUGUCUUUUAGCUCAGUGACCCGCUUAUUGUCUUAUUGAUAACUGUUACGCAUUUCAAGAUGAAAAUCCUGCACAGUGUCAUUAGUUUUCUACUGCAAGUGAUCUCCAAGUUACUUCUGGCCCUUAUCCGCCUGUGGUCCACCUUCUCCUGGAGCCCUCCUGGGCCGGAUCCUCCUCGAGAUCCCCUGUUACUCAUCCCAGCCUCUGUCCUGGCAGAGAGGAUCCGACGAGGAGAGGUCAAGAGCAGUGUGGUUGUGCAGUCCUUUAUAUCUAGAAUUAGAGAAGUAAACCCUGCACUCAAUGCUUUAGUAUGUGAUCGUUUUGAUGAUGCCCUACGAGAAGCACGUGCAGUUGAUGACCUGGUGUCCUCUAGGACAGAAGAUGAGGCAACCCUUAAAGACAAGUAUCCACUACUUGGUGUCCCACUAACUGUUAAGGAAGCAUUCGCUUUGGAAGGCAUGCCACAGAGUUCUGGACUUCUAUCUCGAUGCUCGCUGCGCUCAGUCAAUGAUGCUGCUGUUGUCUUACAGUUGAAGAGAGCUGGUGCUAUUCCUCUUGGUGUUACUAACUGCAGUGAAUUGUGCAUGUGGUACGAGUCAAGCAACAAAGUAUAUGGCAGGACAAGGAAUCCAUACAACACCCAACAUAUAGUAGGCGGUAGCUCUGGAGGAGAAGGCUGUAUCCUGGCUUCCGGUGGAUCAGUUAUUGGGGUAGGCUCUGAUAUUGGAGGCAGUAUAAGAAUGCCAGCAUUUUUUAAUGGAAUAUUUGGACACAAACCAACUCCAGGUAUUGUCCCCAACGAAGGUCAGUUUCCUAAUGCUCAUGGUUAUCGCACUGAGCUCUUGUGCACUGGUCCUAUGUGUAGAUAUGCAGUAGAUCUGCCUGUUGUCCUAAAAGUCAUGGCUGGAAAGAAUGUGGAGAAGUUGUCUCUUGAUCAGGAAGUGUCUUUGCACAAUCUGAAGUUCUUUUACAUGAAAAAUGAUGGGGGUUGUAUGUUUGUGUCUCCUAUGGAUGAAGAAUUGGUCCAAGCACAAAGGCGGGUGGUCACACAUUUAGAGACUGAGUUUGGAGUCAGCGUCCAACCCAUCAGUAUAUACAACAUGCGUUAUUCUUUUCAGAUCUGGUCAGCUGCUAUGUCAUCUGGUGCGAGCAAAGAAGAGAGCUUUACACAUUUGAUGUCUAAUGGGAAACGUUGGUGGCCAAGUUUUGAACUUCUAAAAUGGAUGAUAGGUCUAUCACCACACACUAUACCAGCAUUAGGUCUGACUCUUACUGAGAAUUUGGCUAAUUUAAAUACUCAAGGAAAUGCGAAAAUGAUACAGAAAGCCAAAAACCUAAAAGAUGAACUGAAUUCUUUACUUGGGAAUGAUGGAAUUCUUCUGUACCCUUCGCAUCCCAAGAUCGCCCCAAAACACCAUGAACCGAUUGCAAUGCCGUUCAAUUUUGCAUAUACUGCUAUUUUUAAUGUUUUAGGACUUCCGGUCACUCAGUGCCCAUUGGGGCUUUCUAAGGCUGGAUUGCCCUUGGGGAUACAAAUAGUCUCUUCUCAGUAUAAUGACCACCUGACUUUGGCACUUGCUCAGCACUUAGAAAAGGCUUUCGGAGGAUGGAAACCACCAGGAAGUGACUGAUGUCUCCCUCAUGACAGUUCAAAAGUGUUCUCAUGUAAGGACAUUUGAAUGUUGCCAGUCCAUAGGCAUUGUAAAUCACACACUAAAAAUAACUAAUUUUGUUUUAUAUUCUGUGAUAGGAAAGUCAUUGAAACUAAUUUAAUUUGCUUGUGUUCUGCAAACUCUAUAAAUAGCAGACUUUCAUUGGCAGUGCUGUCCGAAAGAAAAAAACUGAAAGACACCAUGACAAUGAAACAACUACAGUAACUCUGGGCCAACAAUACCUUGACACGGCUGGUGUUGUGCAAAGUUAGAAACAUAAUGUAGGUGGGGGAUACUUGUUUUUCAAGGUUUUCUUAUAAUGCAAUAUUACACAGGAUGGGAGCAAGAAUCAUGGAGGCUGCUCAAAUCUGUUUACCUUUUCAUGGUUGAUCCUGCCAUCAUGCGGUAUACAACAAUGUUGUUAUAAGGCAUCCUGUUUAAGAAAUAAAUGCAAUACUUUAAUGAGGAAGAAAAAUACCAAA